GUGCGCUCGCUCUCCCCCCUCCUUGCUUUCUCGCUCUUGUUCACUCUCUCUUUCUGCGCCUGAGGAGUAGAGGAAGAAGAUGAAGCAGCUCCUGCGGAAGCUGUCGAAGCUGGCCGACUCGCCGUCGGCGAGCUACGUCCUCCUGCGCUCCGAAUCGGCCGCUCCCGAACGAAAUGGUCGGAGGAGCUCCUCCUCCUCCUCCUGCGGAGGAGAAGGGGACGAGGGUGGCUGUGAAGUGGUGCCGGAGGGCCACCUCCCCGUGUGCGUUGGCGAGGAGAUGGAGAGGUUCGUGGUGAGCGCUGAGUCGCUCAACCACCCGCUCUUCGCCGAGCUACUCCGCCUCUCGGCCCAGGAGUACGGCUACGACCAGAAAGGCGUCCUCCGAAUCCCCUGCCCGGCCGGAAUAUUCCGAACCAUCCUCGACAUACUCCGCCGGACGGACGGAGUCGCCGUCGCUGCCGGCGUCGACCUCGAGAAUCUCCUCCUCCGCCUCGCCGCAGUCGGCAGCGCCUCCUCCUGAACUACUCCACUAUUUGGUGUCGAGGGGCAGUUUCGGUAUUAAGGAUUUCGGGCACAAGUUGCUCCUCGCGGACGGAUCUCAAAUUAAUGUAGCUUUUUUUUUUUAAAUUCUCAAUUUUGGUUUGGGAGGUUUUCUGUAAAUAUGGCGGAGAGCGGUGUCUGUGCAGAUUUAUGUUGUUCAGCGACCGCUGGAUGUAAUUAUUUUCUCUUGAAUUUAUUCGCGGUUCUUAGAAAUAAAUCACAUGGAAAAUUACCUGAUGCA